CAGCGGUGCCUCUUGGAGAAGCUAUGAUGGGAAAGAAGACAGCCAAACCAAAGGACUAGAUCUAGCAGGCUUGGGGGCUGGGAUAGGGCUAAGGACAUCGGGGGAGGAACGAGGGAAUCGUACAGAGAUUAGGAUUGCAGGGUCAUAGAUGGAGAGCUAGCGGGACCUUGGAGGUCAGCUAGUCCAGCCCCCUGCUCUUCCAGAUAAGGAAACCUGUCCAGAGUGGUGAGGCGGGUGCUUGUUUGCAGAAGGGCUGGACAAGUCAAUCUCUGAGAUCCCUUCUUACUUUGGGAUUCUAGGUAUCCCUUUGGGAACCCAUUCCCUUUAUUCUGAAUCUCCCCAGAUUGUUUGGCCAUUCCUCCAAUCCUGCAUCAUUGGGAUACUAUGGGUGGGGUGAAGAUCAAGAUGGGGAAGGUGUUUGAGGAGGUAAUACUGGAUAUAGGAAAGAUCCCAGAGCGGGAAAGUCCUGAUGAGAUAAGAUAAUAACUGUGAAGUUCCCAGUACAGUGCCUGGUACUCGGUAAAUGCCAGGAAAACGUUACCUAUUAGUAGUACAAUGUCAGAUUUUAAAUUACAAUUUACAGAGUGACCUUGGCCAAGUCACUUCCCUUCCUCAAAACCUAAAUUUCCCUUCUCUGUGAAAUGAGGGUAACUAUAGCUGCCCAGAAAUCAAGGGAAACAUUUAAAUAUGAAGAACCAGAAUGGGGAGGGAGCAGACAGUUCCGGAGGGUUGGUCAUGGAGAAUGCACAAGGGGGUGUGCUUCUUGUACUUCUCAUCCCUUCUCAUCUGGGGAUAUUAUUAUUAUGAAGAGACAAUGAGAGAAGAUGUGGAAAAUAGACCCUGGAUUCUUCUUUGUCCCCUUCCUCCAGACUGAUCUCUGGGCCCUGGGUGCCCACUGGCCCUGACCUGAUCUAGACCUAGCCCAAGCCGUUUCCCCACAAUGUUGAGAUACCCCCGUCCGUGGCAGGUACUCUGCACCACGACCAAGAUCCAGAGAGCUCAGAGCUGCCCAUCCAUUCUAGACGAAGAGAGUCUGUGGACUGCUGCCCCAGAAGCCCCAGAAAGCACUAGACUUGAAAAGGGUCCCAGGACUUCUGGGGAACCAGUGGACACAAAAGCUCCUGACGAGAUGGACCGAAUCACCAGGUACCCCAUCUUUAGCAUCCCCCACUCGCCCAAGGUCAGUGGCCUGCCAACUGACCCGGACAGCUACUACACCUUUGACGUUGUUAAAGUGGAGUCACUGUCCCCAAACUGGGACAAGGACAGCCAUGGAGUGAAUGCUGGUGGCCAAAGCUUCAGGUUUAGGCCGGAGGAGACUUCAGGCCUGAGGGUGGUGACUGUCACUCAGGAAACCGUCCCCAUGCCCCACCUGGUCAAGGAGUCGCAGCAUAUCCUGACUGAAAACCAUAGUGUCAACCGGUGGACCCCUUCCUGGGAACGAAAGUCCCAGGCAGAGGUGGUGAAGACGGGGCCUACCUAUAGCCUCCGAGCUUACCCAGAGGAGCGGCACCCUGGGAAGUUGUACUCUGGGGAGGAAGAGGAGGAGGAACUGCAACUGUACCGCCUGGGCCCUGGUGAAAACGCCUUUCCAAAGAGGAAGAAGGAUCUAGAACGGGAGCGAGAGGCGGUCAUCCGGGGCCAGGCAGUGAAGCGGAGCAGCACCGUGGCCACUCGCUGGAGUUCCCAAGAGGAGCUGGACAGGAUCUACUCUGGCCAGGGGCCCUCCUCCAUCUCCGCCUCUGAUUCUGAGAAUGUCGUAGAUACUGACCAGAUUAACUUCCUGGCUGCUCGGCAGCAGUUCAUGAAUUUGGAGAAGUUGACCACCAAUUCCCAACCUCCUCAGAAGCCCACAGGAAGGACUGUGCAGACCAUGAGAGUAUCACCUGAAGGAGGCAGGGCUAAUGUUGGCCAAAGCACCAGAUCCUAUGGGUCCAGUAGAGUUGGCCUGACCAACGGUUACACCGUCUCCAUCAAGGCUCAGGGGAAGGAAGAUGCUGAGGGAGCUAGACCUGGCUGGAGUGGUUUGGCCCUGACUUCCCAUAGAAGCUCUAUGAGCCAAUUAUCCUUUCCCUCUGUUGAUGAUGCUCAAGCCCAGGGCUUUGGGGAGGUGUCACCAGAAUUGGUUCCCCCCGAUGAGGGGCCAAAGGAGACACCCAUUGAGAGAGAGAUCCGGCGGGCUCAGGAGCGGGAGGCCGAUCUUCGGCAGCAGCGGGGGCUGCAGCGAUCGGGCAGCCGGGAUGAGCUAGUAGAGGUCCCGUCCAGACCGCUGUUGUCCAAGGUAAACCUGAUCUUUGCUCCCACCCCCAAGAAAGGGAAAGAUACGGGGCGGCCAUCAUCCUUAUACAUUCAGAGAGAGAUAGCCCUGGACACAAAGCGUGAGGCAGACCACCGACGGGAGGCUGCACGCUCCGAUGUUGCCAGUAGAGCCUCCACACCAAACCAGAUGGCUAAAGACUCAGAGCUCCCCAAAGGAGCCCCCAAGAUGAGGCGAGCACAGAGCUCUGACUCCAUCCUGAGUCUGACUUCUGACGCCCACCCAGUGGAGACCACCCUGGAAGGAAGGAAGAUUAGUCGCAUUCCCUUGGAUGCCUACCAACCUUACCUGACCCCAGAUGACACUAAGAAGGAAUUCCAGUCCUAUUUUUCCUACAAACCAGGCUCCUCGCUAGCUUCUGGGCACCACACUAUGGGCUCCAGGCGGGAGGAAGGGGUGGCCAUCCCUCCACCCUUCUCACAAAAGGCAUCCUGGGGUGGGGAGCAGGUCAGGGAGAAGGCCUGGAAGUCACAAGCCUCCACCGUUCAGAGGCAGGAGCCAUGGAGGUCCUCACCCCAAGAGUCCACUCACAAGGCUUGGGAUGAUCAAAAGCAGGGCCUGGUGCUUCGGGACUACUUCCACCUGCGGCCAAUGAAGUUCAAGCUCACCUCCUCACCUGGGCAAGAGGAGGCCAGUGUUCACCAGCAGAAGCAAGUCUGGGAGUCCAAGGGCCAUGUUGAAGAGGUGGCCAUCCCCACAAAGCCCCACAGGUCCCAGUCCUCCAGCCUGCUGGACAUGGAGAUCCAGAGUGUCCUGCAACGGGAGAGGGAACUACAGGAAGAGCGGCGCAAUGCCCUGUUCCCAGAAGUGUUCUCCCCUACUCCACAGCUGGACCAGUCAUUUGAAUGGGGAGCCCCCGACUCCAGGCAUUCAUCUGUGUCUUCAGGUAUCACAGGGAGCUACACGGUAUCUGAAACGCCCACCUUCUCCCCUGUCCGCUUGCACUCAGGCCUGGUGUGGAAGGUAACAGAUCAGUCACCCAGACAAGAAGAAUUUCCCUGGAAGAUGAAGAGGGAUACAGGGUAUGCAGGCCUCGACAUAUCUGACACUGUCAACACAGAGAUCGUAGAAGCCACAAGGGUCAGUCGACAUAAGAACGCCAUGGCUACUCGCUGGGAAGCCCAAAUGUAUGCCAGUGAGGAUGAAGACUGAGCCCCCAAACCCAAGCCAGGCACACGCCAAGAAUCAGCCAGUGGAGGGCUGGGGGGAGAAUGGAUCCAGGGCCUUCUCUCCCUCCCUUCCUAUCCUAAGACACGAUCCUGUCAUCAGAAGUGGCUGACGGAGGGAGGAGAAGGCACGGACAGAUCUUCCUCCUUGGAGACUUGCUUUUAUAUAAUCAAAGAAGCUACAAUCAGGCGCUGAUAAUAUGGAGAUAUGUUUUGUAUGACUACCCUUGGAUAAUCUAUAUCAAAUUGCCUGCCUUCUCAUGGAGUGGGGAGGGGAGGG